CUGCUCUCCUCUCUUUACACUUCCCGCACCGCAGUCGUGAACCGCGCGCACGCUGCCUCGUCGAGUACCCCGCCUCGCACCACUCCUCGACGCUGGUCCAGCCUUUGUCCAUGCUGAGUAGUUUCAUUAUCGCCCAUUUCCCAUACGUGGAUCCACGCACGAGACCAUCUGUGCUGCAUCAUCAACCCACCGCUUCUGCCGAGCUUCAGGCGAUUCACAUGCAACCUGACGACGGCUAAUAAGCCCGCCGCAAAGGCAAGACCGUUCGCUGCCCCCAUAACCGCGUGACGACACCUGGUCUGCUCAACUCUGGGUGCUGGCCAAAUUAAAUCCUCCGCACUCGCCGCCGUACAUACCUCUUCCUCUUAUCUGCCUUUUCCCAACCAGUGUCGUACCCACACAACGUCGCAGAUAUGGGACGAGCAGAGCGCGAGGAACGCGAAUCACGCGCCAGACAAACCAUCGCCCGAGCGAUACCAGAAGCCCUACGGUCCAGCAUCAAGGCGAAGCAUGGCGUGAUGCACAGCGAACUGAUUGACGACCCGCAAAUUGUCGUCAAGAGCCCACAGAAUGCCGCAACGGCUGCCCACCCUUCGCAUCUCAGUGUCCGGAUAGAGUCUGGAGGCUGUCUCGAUGUCGCCCGCAAGAUCUCUUAUCGCCAUUUCGUGAGUUCGGCCACCCGCAGAUCCAGUGAGGAGCAACCCAAUGUUGGCGUGCACAACAUGGGAUCGACGACGGUCCGGGGCGGCGGCUUUCUCAGAGGCGUGGGAGGUCAGGAGGAAUACCUUUGCGCCCGGACCACGCUGUAUGAGUCCCUGAGCGAUGAUUUUUAUAUGCUGCCCGUGAAGGGUGGCGUCUACUCGCCCGACAUUCUUGUGUUCCGCGACGACUUGGCCGAGGAGUACAAGAAGAAGCAGCGCUUCUUCGUCGAUGUCAUCACCGCUGGUACCUUCAAGCAUCCGCGAGAGGGUCGAUCCGAAGAUGUGGAGGGUGCCUGCAGCUGCGGUGUCAGCUAUUGUGAUGACCACAGGAGCAUUAUGAUGCAGAAGAUGAAGGCUGUGCUCCGAAUCGCGCAAAUGAAAGGAACCAAGCGGCUGAUCCUGGGAGCAUGGGGCGUAGGGCCUCUCAAUCAUCCGGUCGAGGAAGUUGCAAAACUAUGGCGUAAAGUCAUCUCCGGAGCCCAGCGACAGCGCAGACCCAACGCCGAACAGUGGGAAGGCAUCGACGAAAUUAUCUUUGCACUCACCGAAUCGUCCCAACGGAAAGCUUUCGAGAAACACUUCCACGAUGUUAUGACCUAUGAGCCGCUAGAGCGCGUUGAUUCUGCCACCACCUUGGAGGACGAGAUGUACGCACGUACCCCGGACGCCAACCUUGUCAUGAGUGCUCAAAACAUCGAACUUCGCAUCGAGGAGACCAAGAACGCUUAUUCGAGAGCCCGACUAAAGGAGGAGCUGCGAGCGAUCAAUCAUCAGAUAGCCAACAACCGCAAGGCCCGAGCUUACAAAGACGACGACGAUGCCAACGAGGCCGAAGACUUGGAAGACGACUUCGUCGUAGCCGGAUAUCCUGCCUCGGAUGGCGAAGAACACACAUAUUACACACUUGCCGAUACCACGACAGAUUCCGCUUCAGACGCUGAAGACGCCAGAUCAGAAAUCUACGAGUUCCGUUUUGGAGGGCCAGGAAUUUCCGACUCCACGGCCGACGAGGACGACGAGCUUGAUGGCCAUGUUUGGGUGGCAUACGCAAAUUCUCCCAACUACAAUAACGCAACUGGCUGGUACAAUGGCAGUAUCGAUGAGUUACACAACAUGGACAAGGAACAAAGGAGAAUUCGAGGGUCCGUGAGUCCGCGCAGUCCGCUUGCGAGGGAGAUGCAAGUCGAGCUCAAAUCGGAACAGCCACCACUCCCCAAAUCUAGCACUGUCGAUGGUCUGCUGGAAAGAUUUCGAAGGACCGAUGUUGUCGACCAGAGCGAAUAGAGUUCAUCUGGCUUUUUUUCUUCUCAAGGAUCCGAAAAGAGGGCAGUUCCCAUUUCCUUGUAAUUUUUGAAACAUUUGCGUCCAAGCGAUCAUGCAACAUGGAAAGCAAACAGUCACAUGCACACACAGCACAGUCUCAUUGAGCGACAGGAGCACUGGGGGAAGGAAUAUCUAAACGUUCUGGGGCAUUUUGGAACACUGCACGGCGCAUCAAUGGAAAAUUGGGUAAACCGAUAUAUUUGGGGGCGAAAGCACAAUUCAUUUGUUGGUAGCGUGGAAUGGUGGAGCGCGUGGAAGCAUAUUGGGUACACC